AUGGCGAACGGUGUCACUGCGAACAGCAUGCGCGUGAGCGUCAAGGCGCCUGAUUUGGGUGCCUUCCCCCUCGACCACUACCGCGAGUGCAAGAGCCAGAUCGAGGACUACUACACGUGCCUGAAGCAAAACGAGUACGUCACGCCCAUGUGCCGGGACCAGGUGCGGUCGUACCUGCAGUGCCGUAUGGAUCGCGGCCUAAUGAAGGCGGCCGACCUCGAAGGCUUCGGCCUUCCCAAGACGGAGUUUGUGCCGACGCGGCAGCACCGCAUUGACCUCAAACAACAGUGGCUGCGGCAGAAGAUGAAUCAGGUUACGGUGGUGUGGGAGGAGAACUACAAACGCGACGACCUGCAGGUGCCGGAUGGAUAUGAGCGGGAGAAGGGCAGCAGCGGCGCGGAUACAAAGCCGAAGGAAGAAAAGGGCGGUACGUAG